AAGUCACCACGAGUGCCAUAAUCUCUUCUCCUCUCUCAAGCGACGGCUUCGGCCUCCAUCCUUCGAAUUGGCAUCCACUCACCCCCUUGGGCCGCAGGGCAAGAUGCCUGCCGCCAUUACUGACGGCCCGGCCGUUGCCAUGUCAUUUGCCAACAAUUUCUGGGGCAAAGACGAUGCUGGCGUCGGCCCCCUUUUGGAGCGAAUGAUAAAUUCGAAGCAGACCUGCGAUGAGCUCAAGAACUUCUAUGGCGUCCGGGCCGCGAUCGAAGACGAGUACUCCCGAAAGCUGCUGAACCUGAGCAAGAAAAACCUGGGGUCCCAGGAGAGCGGCACGCUGAAGGCUUCCCUGGACACAGUCCGCAGCGAGCUCGAGGCCAUGGCCAAGCAACACCAGAACAUUGCCGCGCAGAUGAAGACGGAGCUCGAAGAACCGCUGGCUGCGUUCGCGGGAGGGAUCAAGGAACGACGAAAGAUUGUUCAGAACACGGUCGAGAAGCUGCUCAAGGUCAAGAUCCAGCAGACGAAUCAUGUCAACAAGACUCGAGACAAAUACGAACAAGAAUGCUUGAAAAUUAAAGGUUAUCUCGCACAAGGCCACAUGGUCAUGGGCCAGGAGGAGCGGCGAAACAAGGCCAAGCUGGAGAAGACGCAAGUCAGCUUGGCGGCGUCAAACACCGAGUACGAGAACGCUGUCAAGGUUUUGGAGGAAACCACCACUCGAUGGAACCGGGAGUGGAAGGCCGCUGCCGACAAAUUCCAGGACCUCGAGGAAGAGCGGCUCGACUUCACCAAGAACAGCCUCUGGACCUUUGCCAACAUCGCUUCGACGGUGUGUGUCAGCGAUGACGCCUCUUGCGAGAAGAUUCGGCUCUCCCUCGAGAACAUGGAUGUUGAGACUGACAUCAUCACUUUCAUAACCGAGCGUGGUACAGGUCAAGAGAUCCCCGAGGCCCCCAAGUAUAUCAACUUCGUCCGCGGCGAUGUUCACGACACCCAAUCAGAGGCGUCCGAAGACGAAAACAACUACACCGUGGCCCAGUUUCCUCGGAGCAUCAACCCGGCCUUCCGCUCAUCGUCGCCCCAGCCUUCUACGUUCGAGUCUCACCAUGACCCCAACUCUGCGCUGGCAAAUGACUUGGCCCACAGACCUCCCCCCAAGCCCACUGGUCGUGAGGGCGCGGCGACUCCUCAGAAGAGCCCCCAGAAGUUGCUUCCUGCCGGACGACCAUCCGUGGACGACCCGUAUCGCAAACAACAACCUCCAAGCAUGGAUGAUCGAUAUCGAAAGCAGCCGCCGGCGGUGGAGGAUCAGUAUCGCCGGCAACAACAGCAGCCGCCUGCUCCAGACGAUCAGCAUCGGCGACAGCUUCCUCCGCCUGAGGAAACCCAACAGCAGCAACCGUAUGGAAGGCAGCCACCUGCUGCUGAUGACCCGUAUCGUCGGCAGCAACCGGGGGCCGACGACCAGUAUCGGAGACAGCCACCGGGGGCCGAGGAUCAGUUUCGAAGGUCGCAGACGGGCUCACAGCCUCCCUCGCCAUACGAUAAUAGGCACCAGUCUCCAAAGCCGACAGCCCACCAUGAUCCUUACCCAAAGGAUGGAAUGACGAUGUUGUGCCGCCCUGGAGCGCCAUCGGCCGGCAGCCCCCAGAUCCAGUCUGCGAGGCCCUCUAGCCGAGAUUCCCGCAGCGAGUAUUCCGAUCCGACGUCGAUGUCCAGUCAGGAGCCUCAAGCCGGCAAGAUGUCUCCAACCAAGCAGGAUCCGCCGACCUCAGCGAGCCCCGAUAAGCGGAUGCUCAAAAAGAAGAGUGGGUUCUUCCAGAACCACAGCCCCUUUAGACGUAAGAGCACCAAGGAUUUGCAAGCUGCCGCCGCCGGCGGUAGUCCGCAGCCCGGCAACAGAAAUACCUGGCACCCGUCUCAGUCCCAGACUUCAACCAGCCCCGUGCGUCGGCCUCAGCCCUACGGCGCCAACAGUGAGCCGCAGACUAGGAAUCUGCUCAAGGAACGGACCGCCAGCCCGGAACCGAUCGAUGCCAAUGCCAGCCUGGCCCUUGGUGUCGGUCAGAAUGUUCUGCCGGUGACGACGCCAGAUACCAACCGACAGAAGCCACAGCAGCCGGUGCAGAAGGCUGAGCCGGCUGACCCAAUCGCGGCUGCCUUGGCGGAGCUCAAGAAUGUUAACGUGAACAAGCAAGCCUCGAUGAGAAUGUCGGCGGACCACUAUCAUGGCAUUUCCACCCCAGUUCCUACCACCGAGGCUGCCAUGACGCGGGCCUUCCCAGCCCCUGGGAGCCAUGAUGCUGCUGCAGCUACUCGCGGAACACCUCCACCCUCGUAUCAGGCACAGACUCAGGUGACGAGACUGGGCGUCCCGCCUCCGGCCGUGACGUCUAGGGCAAUGAAGGAGGCUACCCAGAAGAUCACAGGCCAGGCAAGGAGCAUUUUUGGCGAUGAUGGUCGCCGGGGAUCUGUAAGCAACCCUGCAUCGCCGAUAUCUCGUCCUGGCACUCGAGGCAACGAUGCGUCAGGCUCGGUUUCUCCUGGCGGCAACCGCGGUGCGUCACCUCAACCUCAGCGCCGCAUGAGCAACGACCCUCGGCAGAUGGGUCGCAAUUCCGUGUCGCCGAACCCUUACCACGACCACCGCCGAAACGGCUCUCAGACCAGUCUGGCGCAGCAGAAUCAAGGAUACUACCGCGGGGCCUCGCCCCACGGAUCAACUCGAGGCUCGACCAGGGGUGCCUCGCCGAACCCAUAUCAAGGCGACUACAACCAGUCUCACAGCCGUCCGCAGAGCAGCUACAGUGGCUCCGAAAUGGCGAUGCAGCUGGCCGGGGAUGAUCGAUAUGGUUCGACAAGAAGCCGAAGCUCCAUGCGGCCCGGCUCUCGGGCCAUGGGCCUAUACGACGGAGGGCAUCAGCGAAGCAAGAGCGUCGCUGAUCCUUCGCGGCAGUAUACUCGCGACGGCCGACCAAUUCUGCAUAUGGCACGCGCAAUGUAUAUGUAUCAGGCCGCUAUUCCCGAGGAACUUGGCUUCGCUAAAGGCGACUACCUAGCCGUCUUCCGUCAUCAGGAUGACGGCUGGUGGGAGGCAGAAGUCCACGGCGGAAACGGCCAAGUUGGGCUGGUCCCAAGCAACUACCUCCAGCCUUGCUGAUUGUUCGACGACACGACGGAUGGCUGUUGAAACAUUCCAGGAGACUGCGCGCGUCGUCACCUCGAAGCCUGUCCAAAGGGCCGUCGUCAACAUUGUGCUGCUCGUGUCUGGAGCUGUGACGCUGCUCUGCCUGGCCGCCGUUGCGUCUGUGCUCUUCUUCCAGAACUUUGUGCCCGACCAGUUUGUCACGACGCCGGUCCAUCUGCAAUAUGGUCUGAGCUCUCAUCCAUACGGCGUUGCGGCGCUCGCUGCGCCAAUGCUGAAAUCGCAGCAAGACUACGACAUCUCCGUCACCCUGUCGAUGCCGCGGUCUCCGCCGAAUGUCGAGCGAGGGAACUUUAUGAUCAGCCUAUAUCUGCUGGAUGCAAAGGAUAGCGACGCGCUGGCCACGAACGCGAGAAGGUUCGCCAAUGACCAUUCGGACUUUGAGCAGAGCAACGUGCUAUUCAGCUCGCGCAGACCGGCUCUGCUGCCAUACAUUGAUCCCGUGGUGUCUCUAGCUUCUCGCAUUCUGUUCCUGCUCUAUCACUUGAUCGUUCCGGCAGCGCAGACUUGCGUAUUGAAAGUGCCGGUGGCGGAACGCGUCGCCUUUCCUUCAGACUCUGCUAUACCCUCGUGGGCGUACGUGGAGGUGGAGGCGGGGCAGGGGAUCCAGAUUUACAGCGCUUCCCUGACGAUGACUGCGCAGCUCAGCGGCCUCCGAUGGCUCAUGUUCCAUUAUCGUCUUUUGACAUUUAUAACUUUUACGAUGCUGUUCUGGGUCUGCGAGCUCGCGUUCAUGAGCGUUGCUUGGGCCGUCCUGAGUUCUCUGCUGGGCGCGUCUUCCGGCAACAUGGAGCUCAAGGGCCACAAGGGCCAACGCCGUGCUACAACCAAAGGCUUCUCUGACUUUGAUGAUUCUGGCGAGGACUACGAAGGGGAUGACGGAUCUGAUUACCCGCAACAGUUCCCUACCUAUGGGAACCAGCCCGCCUUGAAGCAUGAGCCAGACGUCAAGGAUGAGGAGGAGCACAAGCAGCCGCUCCACGAGAUUCCCGUUGCUGGAGAGGAGGCCGAUGACGAAGAUGAUGAUGGCGGUGGUAGGUCGGCUCUCGAUUCUGGUAUUGGGACGAGUUACAGCGGAGAGGCAAGCGGCAGCGUUCGAAAGAGGCCGUCACGGUCACGGUUG